CCUUCUCGCCUUCUUCUCUCUCUGUCCUUCCAGGGUUUCUUUUCUUUUCUUUUCUUUUUUUCUUUUUCUUUUCUUUUUUCUUUUUUCCCUUUUUAUUUCCGUUUUAUUUUUCCUCUUCCCCCCCCUUCCCAUUUUUUCCCCUUUUUCAAGCCCUAAUAUUCAACUCCUUACCUAUUAAUUUAUCCGAUAUUUAGCUAAUCUAUUAUAUUCUCGGAAAAAUAAAUUAAAAAAAGGAAGAUGCAGCAGCAGAGGCUGAAGCAGCAGCAGCAGCAGCAACAACAAGCAUUGAUGCAGCAAUCUCUCUACCACCCGGGUCUUUUAGCUCAUACUCAGAUAGAGCCUAUAUUGAGUGGAAAUCUGCCUCCAAGAUUUGAUUCAAGUACAUGCCGCAGUGUAUAUGUUGGGAAUAUCCACCCACAAGUGACAGAACCACUUCUUCAAGAGGUUUUCUCUAGUACUGGUCCUCUUGAAGGUUGCAAGCUCAUCAGAAAGGAGAAGUCAUCCUAUGGUUUUGUGGAUUACUUUGACCGAAGAUCAGCUGCACUUGCUAUUGUGACUCUUAAUGGGCGACAUCUAUUUGGACAACCUAUAAAAGUUAACUGGGCAUAUGCCAGCGCUCAGAGGGAGGACACGUCAAAUCACUUCAACAUUUUUGUUGGCGACCUUAGUCCAGAGGUUACAGAUUCCACAUUGUUUGCUUGCUUUUCUGUCUAUCCUAGCUGCUCAGAUGCAAGAGUUAUGUGGGAUCAAAAGACUGGUCGUUCAAGAGGUUUUGGAUUUGUUUCUUUCCGUAGCCAGCAGGAAGCCCAAAGUGCUAUAAAUGAUUUGAAUGGGAAGUGGCUUGGGAGCAGACAAAUACGCUGCAACUGGGCAGCAAAAGGUGCUGCUAACGGUGAUGACAAGCAGAGCUUAGAUGCAAAAAGUGUGGUGGAACUUACAAAUGGAACAUCAGAUGGUCAAGAGAAGAGUGGCGAAGAUGCUCCAGAAAAUAAUCCCCAAUAUACCACUGUUUAUGUUGGCAAUCUUGCCCCAGAAGUGACAUCGGUGGAUCUCCAUCGUCAUUUCCACUCUCUUGGAGCUGGAGUGAUCGAAGAUGUCCGUGUUCAACGAGACAAGGGUUUUGGUUUUGUGAGAUUCAGCAACCAUGCCGAAGCUGCUCGUGCUAUUCAGUUGGGAAAUGCAUGUAUUCUGUUUGGCAAGCCAAUCAAGUGCUCCUGGGGUAGCAAGCCUACUCCUCCUGGGACUAGUUCCACUCCUCUACCCCCGCCAGCUGUAGCGCACAUGCCAGGAUUUUCAGCCACGGAUCUUGCAGCCUACGAGCGACAAAUUGCUUUGAGUAAAAUGGCUGGUGCACAAGCUUUGAUGCAUCCCCAGGGUCAGAGAAUUGGAGCUGCUAGCCAGGCAAUCUAUGAUGGUGGAUAUCCGGGUAUUGCUACCACCCAGCCACCUAUAUAUUAUCAGUAACAAACCAAAAGAAAUUCCUGCAAAUGAUUUCUAGGCAGGUAUUGAGUGUGUUGAUUAUACCUGGCUUGCUUUCUCUGCCUUAAUCUUUUGCUUCCAGUUUGUUGGAUCACCAUAUCUUACAGCAAUGUGUAUGAAUAUGUAGCCUGUAUCUUAUUUUGGGGAUAAUAGAUUCUGUGAGACUUGUCCGUUGGGGAUUUAAUGAUCUUAUUAACUUUGGAUGUUUUUUCUUUAGUUGCGUAUUAAAUGACCAUUCUUUAUUUUGCCUUAGAGGCAACCUUCGUGGACAA